UAUUUUAACCCCGCGGUCGUACAGGUAAACAAUAGAUGUGACAACUGUCGAUCUGUCAUCCCGCCAGAAGAGAUAAGAAGCAAUGGCAUCGUACUUUGAUGAACACAACUGCCAGCCUCUGCGACAAGGGGAAACCCCAGACCACUUUCUCCACAUGGCUCGCCUCCUACUUCAUGGAGGUUACUGGCAGAACUUGCAGCUGGAAUUCUCACAGAUUGUUGGCUUUGGGGAGAAGCCUCCACCUCCUGCAUCCAAAGAAUUUGUUGAGGGUCUUGAGACAAUUAUUGUGAAGAAGAAUGGUGGCCAGUGCCCAGUGUGUCUCAAAGAAUGGUCUGAAGGGGAUGAGCAGAAGCAGCUGCCUUGCCAACACAAGUUUCAUCCCACCUGUAUCUUGCCAUGGCUGGAGAAAGUCAGUAAAUUAAUGACCAACUCGUGUCCAAUGUGUCGUCAUGAGGUUCCUACAGAUGAUGAAGACUAUGAGGAAUAUCGAAGGCAGAAGAAAAGAGCCAAGGACAGGGAGGCAGAACUAGAAAUACUUCACGACUCAAUGUUUUCUUGAAGUGCAAUAUGAAUAAAUGUAAAAGGGAAAGAAAAGGAUGUCUUUAUAUAAAGAUUUUAAUGUCUUCAUUGUUAUUUAAUUAUUGUAACUGACAUUCUCAUUCAAAUAUCUCUUGGAUCUUUAUUUCCAGUAAUAUAUACUUAGGCAUUUUCUUUGUCAUAUAUCAGUAUCUAUAUUCUGCUGGUAAGUAGAUUGUUAUAAUUUUUCAGAUUCUUUUAUAAGUAAAUUUACUUAUGAAAUGCAUUAAUGGUCAUAUGCUGGUGCAAAUGUAAGAAAAAAAUCUUUUUGGAAGAUAUAACUUUGGAACUGAUGACUGAUACUUAAUAAAUUAUAACAAAUCUUAA